AUGUUGCCUAUUCAACAUUUCGUGAGUUUGUUGCUGGUGUGUAGCAUUUCUCCUGUUUUGCUGGUGGAUGGUCAAAAGAAACUCAUUGCUCCAAGAUGGAUACCCAAGUCCAGACCCUUCAAGGGAGAGAACAACGUUGCCCAGUUAACAGGAAGUGACAUCAAUCUUACUUGUCCAGCAUCAGGAAAUCCUACACCAAAAACAACGUGGUACAAAAACGGGGAUUGGUUUAAUGCUAGUCAACGAUUAAAUACAGAAACCAGACGAUUCUCAUUGCUGCUAAAUGAUACACAGACAUCAGACACGGGAGAAUAUAGCUGUGUGGUCCAUAAUUCAGAGGGUAGUCUCAAUUUCACAUAUACUGUCAAUAUCAUUCGAAGACCUUGGCCACUAGAGGUAGAGGAGCCUCAGAAUGUCACAGUGAUGGAGGGAGAGAGGGUAGUGUUCCGAUGCCGCGUCUUGAAUGACCCAGAUGCCACCACUCAGUGGAUAAAGCGGGACACUGAAGUUGGUGAUACAGGUGGAUACAAUAAAGAUAUUUAA